AUGAACAGUCGAAUACGAACAAUUGUGCUGUAUCGCGGAAAUGCGGAUACAUCGAAAUCUUCAAGUUCAAAUUGUUCACAACAGCAGCAACCCUCCAGACACCCAUUGGGUUUCAGUAUCGUAGGUGGCAUCGAUUCACCGCGCGGUCCCAUGGGAAUCUUUGUUAAAACUGUCUUCGCCGAUGGACUGGCUGCCAAAAGUGGCCUUGUUUGUAAAGGCGAUGAAAUUUUGAGCGUUAAUGGAGUGGAGUUGAGUGGGAAGACACAUUCGGAAGCGUUGCAAAUAUUCAAGAAGAAUACAAAAAUUGAUGUAACUCUUUGCAUUCGUCGAAAUAUCCCGAAUUCAUCGAAACAGAACAGAAUUCUCGAUUGUACUAAAAGAACCUUCACAAAUCAAAAACUAACGAUGGCCAACGGUAGUAGGUAUGAAGGUGCAAAGAAAUGCAUUGUAGAUGGAUCAUUAAUAACAGCAGCAACAACAUCAGCAAGUACUGCAUGCCGCAGAUCUGCGAUUCUGGUUCAAAGUGAACGACUAAAAAUGCAUGAUAGUCUCGGUGCGAAUGCUUUUGUAAGCGCAAAGCGUGUACUCGGCAUUAAGCACGAGCUGAUGCGCAAGGAAAUUAUUCUUCGACGAUCUGCGCCAUCAGAACGCCUCGGUCUUGGGAUCGCCAUUGAGAGCGAUGAUAAUAAUAACAAAGUGAUCUGUGUGCGUAUAGAACAAGUUGACCCAUAUUCUAUUGCUUCUCGAAGUGGCUUGCAAGUUGGUGAUCGAGUAUGGAGUGUUGCUGGCACCGAUGUCCAUCAGUGCACUCGAAUUCAAUGUUUGUCACUUUUGCAGCAGCCAGCAAUGAGCGUCACUAUGGUUGUUAGUCGGCAAAAUACUUCAUCAUCUCCACAGAAUAGAAGUAAUCGUUGCAUGAUCACCAAUGGAUCUCAAAUUUUCUCCUUACAGAAAGGUAGUAAAAUGGCUUUAGAAUUAGAUACAACCAUAUCAUCUGUGAAUGGCAAUAACAAUGAUAACAAUGGUAAUAUUACUGGUAUGGUAUUCAAAACAAUUAGUAAUCAUUCACCAAGCAGUAACGAUUCCGAAUUUCACAGUGAUCAGUUACAACAGCAUCAGCAAUCUAAAGCACAACGAACUAUGUCCCGAAGUCGUGGAAAUAUCAAACACAAGCCAACUUAUGUUAGCGUAUUUGCUUCUGACCCAGAUUGUUCCAGUCCAUUGUUCGAUGAAUUCGAUCGACGUUUCGCCGCCAAUCGACCGAACUUUCUUAACGCUACGCUUCAUCUGCCAACAGGAGAUGAAGAGACAUGUUCCGUUCCAUCAAUCUCUGCUCCGCUAAUAACGCCUUCCAGACAACCAAUAUCACCGUCGUUUAUGAAUAUGAGUGUUUCUUCGAAUCCCGCAAUUCAUCCAGAAACCUCGCAACAAUCUUAUCUGAAUGAACAUCAUACUCUCGCAACAUUUCCUGCAUGCACUUUUCAACAAGAGCAGCAGCAUCAACCUGCUUAUUCAACUACGCUUGCAGAAACCCCAGCACGUGAAGAAUCAAAUAAUGUAACAGCUCCUUUCAAUAUUCUUUCAUCCAGUGGAAUAUUAAAUUCAAAUCGAUCAGUGCAGGAAACUUCGGUACAGAAGAGUUAUAAAUAUGCUUGUUUGAAAAGUAAGAUGCAAAAAAAUAAGACGUACAUGAAUGAGCAGGAAGGCGAAAAGUCGAAAGCAUCCAUAAAAGAAUCGCCGAAUGACCUCUGUUCAAAAUUCCAGGAAAAUUUACACACUGAAGCACAAAUUUCGAAUUGCCAUUGCUAUCCACGGAUAGUUAACAAAUCAGAGAACUUUCUUACAAAAUCAACAAAUCUUCCUACAGCAAAGUUACUGUGUGAUAAUUCAUCUGAGGCAAAGGAAACAGUGGAAACGUUGGACACAGAUAAGCAACAUAAAAUUGGAAAACAACACGAUGAUGGAGUUACCAUGAAGCACUUAUCAGCCUACAAAAUAUACCACAUGUCGUCUGAUUCUGUUACUGAAUCGUUGCCUCAUAAUAUAUCUGUGGAAUCAAGGAAUGCUUCACCUGAACAGUCGCUUAUGAGGGCUCAAGAAAUAACAGUGCCAGAACUUUUUCUUUUUAAAAUUGUCUCGGGAAAUGAUCAAGAAAGUUGUGACACUAACCUGGAAGGACCUCCACUUCAGAUUCUGUUUCGUGACGUAGAAUUUGAGAUGGUUUCACAACAAAAACCAGAAAAUCAGGUGGUGAAAAUCGAGAAAUGUAUUGCUUAUAAUGAAAACCUAGAGUCAUUCAAAAAUUCUGCUGUGAAAUACGGAAAUAGUUCGGAAUCAGAAACACACUCGGAUGUCAAGAAAAGUCACUUCGUUUCAUUUGUACCUGCUACAAAACUUAGCCGGAUUAUUUCUCAGAAGUCUGAUUCAUUAACAAAUGGUAAUGGUAGCGAAAAGUUUGCUGCAGCUGAGUUUGAGAAGUUUGGCUCAAUCGUCUCUACCAAAUCAAUCCCUUUCACGCGCGAAAAUUCUACUGUAUCGAAGAAACGGGAACACUCUCGUGAAAUUGACAGAACAUCAUCCAUUAAAGAAUUGCAAACUGCGAAAUCAUCAAAUGAAAAAUUCGAAAAACCGGCAGUGCCACUUGCUCCGCGGCGUACCAGAGACGAUAAGCCAGUUCCAUUUGAUAAACUUAUUGAAAAGUUCACAAAAGCCGAUAAUGGUGCAGUUCCAACACCGAAAACAUUUCAAGGCAUCGUAGGUGUUAUUGAUCCGAGGAAGUCUACUGCGAUCAGAAGCAGUAGUAGUGGUGCUCCGAAAGGGACAACACUGAAUCUACAGAUCUCAAAAAAAAUUCCGUAUCGUGGCAGUAGAGUGAUGAGCGACAAAUUUACUGGAAGGAAUGCGACCUAUGUUGGAACUUCCAGAAAUAGAUUUUCAACUACUGAGAACGCAACUGUUUCGCGAGCCGAAAAUUUGUUUACAAAAGUGAGAGCAUCCUUUGAAAAGAAUGCAGAAUCUUUUCCAAUGAUCUUGGCAUCUCAUACUAAUGGUGAAAAGAAAUUUGUCUCUAUUGUCGAAGAAAAUAUCAAAACAGGAAAAUCCUUGAAUAUUAUCCGACAAUCUGAAAAAGUUGAGAAAAAGUCCUCGAUUAUAACGGAACGGAAAGAGUCCCCAGAAAUGUACACAUCCGUGAUGGAACAAAAGCCGAAUGCAAAAAUGCAUUCUUGUCUAUCAGAAACGGAAUCUUCUUUCGAAAUUAUGAAAGGACUUACUUUGUCAUGUUUCGAUAAUGUGGCAGAUGAUGACAUAGUUGGAAGGUCAGUUAAAGUAGAUAAAGCUGAACAAUCAGCAUUUCAAGCAAUGGAGGAGGUAACAUCAUGCAGUGGAUUACAUGAGCAAGGAAAGCCAUCUGAAGCGGAGUUAAUGGAAUGCAAAAGUUUGUUGGAUGAAAAAUUUGCUAAUUAUGAUAUUUUCAAAGUAACACUGAAAAGAUCGGCAAAUAAUCCGGAAGGUUCAAUUGGUGUAAUUCUGAGUUCAGCAGCUUCCGGUGACCAAUAUAUCAGCGUGCAAAGAGUGAUAUCGGGUAGCAUUGCGGAUCGAAGCGACCUCGUCGAAAAGGGUGAUCGUGUUUUUUUCGUGCAGGGUCACUCUACAAAACAGAUGUCAGCCACAGAGGCACGAACCUUAAUCAAACAAAGGACUGAACAUGUCGUUUUUAUACUCGGACGACUGAAAACAAAAUCAAAUGACAUGCCAGCUGAACCUACUAAAUUUGUUUCCACUGCUACUACUGAUCCUGAUCUAUUCAAUUAUUCAACGUAUUCCGAAGAAGUGAUACUCACAAAAGGUAAUCUUGGUGUCGGUUUGGCACUUGAUGGUGGUCGUGGAUCAGUGUUCGGCGACCGGCCUAUCAUUAUCAAAAGGAUUUUUGAAGGCGGUUCUGCAGCACGUAGCGGUCGUAUAAAAAUUGGUGACCAAGUGAUCACAAUUGAUGGUAUAGAUAUAAGAGGUAUGAGUUAUUUGGAAGCAACGAAGACGCUUCGGUCACGUCCGGAAGGACCAUUAAAGUUGGUUAUACUUCGCCGUUUAUAA